AGGCGUGGUUUCGUGGGGCGGUGUUUGAAGGCCCGGAGGUCAAUUUUCCAAAACCUCGCAGCGUGUAUCCGCGAGAAACAAUCUAUUGCGUGCGCGCUGCUCGUGUGAAUCAGCCUGUCUUGGCCCCACGGGAAGAGUUCCCUUUGUGUGGGGAGUUCUCUCUCUCUCUUUUUUUUUUUUGCCCUUGGUUUGCGUUGAUACUCCUGCUCCAAGAAGGGAAGUCAGUCUUGAACUGCUAAACCCCGAUCAAGCUGGGGGAGAGGGUCCCCCCCCUCUUUCUUUUCCCUCUGCGUUUCGUUUCUUUGCAAGCGGCUGCGCUGGGGACUCUGAUGCACCCGUUCCAGUGGUGUAACGGUUGCUUUUGCGGUUUGGGGCUGAUCUAUACCAACAAAUCGUGCACGAUGCCUCCCAUCACGUUCCAGGACUUACCACUGAAUAUCUACAUGGUGAUUUUUGGCACUGGCAUCUUUGUCUUCGUCCUUAGUCUCAUCUUCUGCUGCUACUUCAUUAGUAAACUUCGGCAUCAGGCACAGAGUGAAAGAUUUGGAUACAAAGAGGUGGUUUUGAAAGGUGAUGCCAGAAAGCUAAACUUACAUGGGCAGACUUGUGCCGUCUGCCUAGAAGACUUUAAAGUGAAAGAUGAGCUGGGAGUGUUGCCAUGCCAACAUGCCUUCCACAGAAAGUGCCUUGUGAAAUGGCUGGAAGUUCGCUGUGUCUGCCCCAUGUGCAAUAAGCCCAUUUCAGGCCCCGCAGAGCCUCACCAGAGCAUUGGAAUCCUCUUGGACGAGCUGGUGUGACGUCCAUCCUCCCGCCCACAACCGCUUCCCCAAAACCAGACCCUCCGGUGACACGGACGAUUGCCCAGGGGGAUCGGCACUAAACCAUGUAUCUCCAGCUAGAGAGACUUCCCACUGGGUAGCAUCUUCUCCUCCUCGAAGGAGGCAAAGGGGAACCGUACCUAGUGCCAACAAGCUGGCCUUGUUGUCCCUUCCCUAGCCUGGGGGCAAUUUCCGGGGGGAAGAUUGGUCAAACCAGCACCAGGAUCCAGACAUCUCAGUUCGCUGAAGCGUGAAGGCCUGGGGAGCAGAAGACGUCCUACAUGAACAGUGCGAGUCUCUAGCACCAGGUUUCUACAACUGGACAUUGUGAUGCCAAGUCUGAGAUCAGAGUCUUCCCUUUAUCUAGGAAAUAUUGGUCAAAACCAACUGAUGGGUGAUGUGCACCCACCAUCUCCUACUUCUUUUUUUAGCAGGUCUAACAAACCCUUUCUUUUUAUAGAAAGCCGUUCCUCUCCCCAUUUGAGCCCUUCCUUAGAGAGUCCCUUUUACAAUUAAAACCAAGAGCUUAUAGCUUGCGCACUGCCUGACCUAGACCAAUUGCAGGGUUCUGCCUAGGUUCUUCUCUGCAAAACCUAGUGUCAGUGUUUACAUAAGACUUAGGUCACAUCCACAUCAUACAUUUAAAACACAUUUAAAGCACAUGGCUUCCCCCAAAGAAUUCUGGGAACUAUACUUAUGUUAACAGGGCUGGGCAUGCUAGCUCUGUGAGGAGUAAACUACAGUUCCCAGGAUUCCUUGGGGAAACCCAUGUGCUUUAAAUGAUGAAGGUAUGAUAUCAAAUGGAAAGCCUUCCACAGGCUGCAGAAGACCCUCCCCACCUAACAUAUGAUCAUAUCAACACUGUACAUUUAAAGCACUCUUAUACUACUUUAAAAGUCAUGGCUCCCCACCCAAAAGAAUCCUGGGAACUGUAGCUUAUAAAGAGUGCUGAGAGUUGUUAGAAGACCCUUCACAGAGCUGCAAUUCCCAGUGCCUGUAACAAACUACACUUCCCAGGAUACUUUGGGGGAAAGCUAUGACAAAGUGUGCUUUUUAAAGAGUGCUUUAAAAGUAUGGUGUGGGUAUGGCUAGCAGAGUACCAAGGUGUUAAGCCUUUUUCAUAUAGUUUCAUUAGAAUUGGGGGGGGGGGUUCUGAAGGUUGGGGAAACCUUUGCUCUCGGCAUUCCUUAUGUGCAGGUAGCAGGGAAGAAGGAGCCUUCAAAGGAUAUAUGUGAUUCUUCCCUUGGAAUUGAAAUAGGGGUAGGAUGUAUUUUCCUAAGUGGCCUUUGAACUUUUUCUUCCUAUUUUUUCCUUGUACAGAAAAAUAAAUCUACUUUCUCUGAAA